CCUACGCCGGCUGCUUCAUCCGCGCAAUCCCCCAGUACUUCCUCCUCCUCAAGUGGAGCCUCCUCUUCAAAAUCAAGUGAGUCCCCACUCCGCCUUCUGCUACACCCUUCACCCCUUCCUCCUCUUGCGACUCAUCUCACUAAUUUACUCCCUCUCGCGCAGCCCUCCCCCCCUCCUCCUGCCCAGCAGGCACCCCCAUGCCAGGCCUCCAACUCCUCAAAGACAAGCCAGACCUAAUCGCCCUCCCAGAUUCUGACUACCCGGCCUGGCUCUGGGACCUCCUAAGCGACCCAGCAAUGAAGACCACACACGCCUCGGUAGAAGGCGGGCCCGGUAUCCUGGGCGGCGGCGCUUCCGGCGCGACCCUAGAGGAGAGUGCGGCAGGUGGUGGUGGUGUGGGCAGCAAGGGCACGACGACCAAGGGCGAGGCGCGUAUCAAGCAAAAGCAGGAGAUGCGUGAGCGUCGUCAGGCUUUCGCUGCUGCUCAGGCGGCCAAGAAGAAGGGGGUAGCGAUGGGUAAUGUGAGCGCAGAGGAGGUGGCAGCGCAGAUGGCCGAAGGGGCCGUGCAGGGUGGUGAUGCUGUUGCUGAAGAGAGGAAGAAGAGGGAGUUGAGGAGGAAGAAUAGGGAGGGCAUUAAGGCGAGGAACUUCUUGGGUAGAUAAGAGGGCCAGAGGUGGUACGGGAUGAAUGGUAUGGUUUGAGAUGACAUGAGGGUAUAGCAUUGCGAUUGCGUUGCGGGGCGAUCAGGACAUGACCGUGUCCACCGCUGAAGUCGACGAGACAGCAGCAUCAGCAGCAGCAUCAGUAGCAGCGUCGUUGGCCUCCCUCGCGUCGACGAGACGGUAGAGCUCUCCAACGAGGUAGAGGCUUCCCGAUACUACGAUGAGCGAAUCCUUCUCCUCCUCCUCUCCCUCUACUUG